ACCUGCCUGCCUGCCUAGUGCGAACGGGUCAUUAAACGAACGAGGUUCCUUCCCAUAUCUCGCUUUGCUCUUGCUGCCGUUCCUGUGUUUCUCCGCCAUCGAGGUCCUCCUUCAGCAAGAGAGGAAGGGGACAUCCAUCCCAUAUGAACUGACCCUUGUGUUAAAAAGAUAACAUUUCUAUCGCUCUCUCAACACAUAUAUUCGCACAACACGCGACGAGGUCGGAUACCUAUUAGAUAUUGUGGAAGACGCUUCUAAUGGAUUUGGAUCUGUGGAUUUCCAAGGUUAAAGAAAGUCAACACUUGGCCGAAGACGAGCUUCAGCUCUUAUGCGAAUAUGUGAAGGACAUCCUUAUUGAGGAAUCCAAUGUUCAGCCUGUAAACAGUCCAGUAACUGUUUGUGGUGACAUCCAUGGUCAGUUCCAUGAUUUAAUGAAACUCUUCCAGACAGGGGGUCAUGUACCCGAGACAAAUUAUAUUUUUAUGGGAGAUUUUGUCGAUCGUGGUUACAACAGUCUUGAGGUUUUUACAAUUCUUUUGCUUCUAAAAGCAAGAUACCCAGCUAACAUAACACUACUUCGUGGAAAUCAUGAAAGCCGACAGCUUACUCAGGUCUAUGGGUUCUAUGAUGAAUGCCAGAGGAAGUAUGGUAAUGCCAAUGCUUGGCGGUACUGCACUGAUGUUUUUGACUUCUUGACUCUUUCGGCAAUUAUAGAUGGAACUGUACUUUGUGUCCAUGGGGGACUUUCGCCUGAUAUUCGAACCAUUGAUCAGAUUAGGGUUAUUGAAAGAAAUUGUGAAAUUCCACAUGAAGGCCCUUUUUGUGAUCUCAUGUGGAGUGACCCUGAAGAUAUUGAAACAUGGGCUGUGAGCCCUAGAGGAGCAGGAUGGCUUUUUGGGUCUAGAGUUACUUCUGAGUUCAAUCACAUUAACAAACUUGAUCUGGUUUGUCGAGCGCACCAACUGGUGCAAGAAGGUCUCAAGUACAUGUUUCAAGACAAGGGCCUUGUAACUGUAUGGUCUGCGCCAAAUUAUUGUUAUCGUUGUGGUAAUGUGGCUUCUAUAUUGAGCUUCAAUGAGAAUAUGGAGAGAGAAGUGAAGUUCUUCACUGAAACGGAGGAAAAUAACCAGAUGAGAGGGCCAAGAAGUGGAGUACCAUAUUUCUUAUGAGAAAGAAGCAGGUGGGAAAGUUGAUUCAGUUCUCUUCUCUUCUCUUUUGUCCAUACUUAGAAUUCUUUAAAGUGCAAUAAACGAUUAUCUAGACUUUGAAGAAUGGAUGUUUGCAUGGAGGAUUCUUCCCAAUGUAUUCUUGGCGGGGAGAGAAGAAGAAGACAACUAUGGGCAAAACCUAACUUCACGGUGACUUCAAUAUCUCUCUCGUUCACUGUUUACUUUCUGUCUUUUAGAUUUGUAUCUCAUUUGUAGCCAUUUUGUGUAACUUUUAUUGAUUAUCAUGUAGCUGUUCAGUUGUUACCAUGUUUAAGUAAGUUUGGAAUGGAAGCUUAAAACAAUAACAAGCUUCAGAUAAAAUACUGUGUGAUUUGACUUGCAAUUCUUCUAUCUACCAUUUCUCCAUUAGUUUUAUUUUA